CGUUAACCAUUUUCCCUAAGGAAGCCAAUUGAAUGUAAAAGAAGUAGAAUCGUUUCUUCUCUUUUAAAACAUAUUUGGUGAAUUUUUGUAUUUCUAUCCUUUUUCGUCUGUCUUUUUUUAAAACCGCGGAAUGACUGAGAAACUCUCAGGCAUGAAUGGAAUGGUCCCUCCGAAUCGCCACAAAGAAGGUGUUAGCAAGAAUGCAUCUAAAGAUCAUAAAAUUUACUGGACAUACACGGAGGAACCACACAAAAGUCGGCGAGCUGCCAUUCUCAAGGCUCAUCCAGAGGUUGCUGCUUUAAACGGAUAUGAGCCAAAAACGAAAUGGGUAGUUCUCUCUGUCGUUUUUAUUCAGUUGACUUGCGCUACUUUGUUGGCAAAUACAAACCCUUGGAAUUGGAAGUUCUUUUUCACUGCGUACUUUAUUGGUGCAUUUUGCAAUCAGAACAUUUUUUUAGCCGUCCAUGAACUUACUCACAAUCUUGCAUUUAAGCGCGCUAUGCAUAACCGCAUGUUUUCUCUUGUUGCAAAUCUUCCUGUAGGUGCUCCAUUCUCUGCUAGUUUCCGUCCUUACCAUAUUGAGCAUCACAGGUAUCAAGGCGUCGAGGGCAUGGACACAGAUUUGCCGACUACUCUGGAACUCAUCUUAUUCGACAAUGUUCUUGGAAAAGCAUUUUUUUGUACUUUCCAACUCUUUUUUUAUGCAUUUCGUCCAAUGUUUGUCCGCCAACUCCCUCUCACAACUUUGCAUUUUUGGAACAUUCUCGUCCAGCUUUCUUUUGAUUUCUUGGUCAUAAAAUAUCUAGGAUGGAGAUCCAUGGCCUACUUUUUUUUAAGCUCGUUCAUGGCUGGUAGCUUGCAUCCCACUGCAGGCCAUUUCCUUAGUGAACACUACAAUGUAAACCAUACUCGUCUUAUUCAGGAAGGCCCAGGUAAGGAUACUCCUUUGGAAACAUUCAGCUACUAUGGUCCACUUAAUAUCCUUGUUUAUAAUGCUGGCUAUCACAUCGAGCACCAUGACUUUCCUUACGUUCCUUGGACCCGUAUAGCCAAAGUGCGUGAAUUGGCUCCAGAGUUUUAUAAUAAUAUACCGGAAUGCAAAAGUUGGAGUGGUAUCAUUUACCAGUUUAUCACUGAUUCGAAUGUCGGUAUGUGGUGCCGAGUAAAGCGUAAGCAAAAAUCCGAAUUAUCUAAUUAAUCCUUUAUAAUUUUGAUCUGGGCGUCUUUAUCUAAUUGUUUUGUUUUUGUUUUGUUUUUUUGUGUUUUUUUUAUGGAAAAUGAAAACUAUCAAUUUAAAAAUAUCUGAUGAUUGUGAUUAUUCUUUUGAACAAAGAAUGAAGGAAAAAAUAGAAAUGGUUUUGUUCUUCUAGAGUUUUUUUUCAUUAUUAUCUAAAAUUAGUUGGUUGGUUCUCAAUUCAUAUUAAUAUCUUUCUUUGUACUUGUAAGAUUCACUGCAGAACAUGUUUCCGCAAAUGAAUAAAGUCUAUAUAGGACAGCAAAGGGUGCUUUAUGACUCCCCUUUUUCAUUAUGUUAUAUAUUAAAUUAAUUUUGUUUUGCAUGAGCG